UGUUGUCCAAGGGCCUGUGCCGAAGGAUUGGCAAGGUUUCUCGGUCAAGUUUGCCGAGUCCCUUAAAGCUUGCUAUGCAGAUAGGUCGUACUAUGGCCCUCCAGAUUUCUUGUGCCAAUACUGUGGUGCCUCCUUUUGGUUUGCUGAGUGUUCAAAGUCCAGAUCAUCCUGGACACAACGUAAGAUGGUUUAUAAUCGCUGUUGUAAAGGCGCUAAGGUAUAUAUUCCUCCCUUUAAGGAUCCCCCGGCCUAUCUUCGGGAGCUCCUUCGAUUCGAUGGUACUUCUCGUGCUAAAAAAUUCAUCCGGACUAUACGUGAGUACAACUGUAUGUUCGCUUUCACUUCGAUGGGUGCUACUAUUGAACGCUCGUUUGGUAGCAGUCGUGGACCUAAGAUUUUUAAGAUCAGUGGUCAAGUGUCUCAUCGUAUUGGUUCGUUGGUGCCUAGCGGUGAUGAUACCCCUAAGUUUGCUGAGUUGUAUAUACAUGACCCAGCUAAUGAGAUUAGACAUAGGAUCAAUGCCUUAAAUCCAGAUGAUAAGCCUACUGGGGGUGUGGAUGAGAGUAUUGUGGUUGGUCUUAGAGACAUGCUUAAUGAGUUUAACCCAUUGGUACAGACCUUUCGGGAGGCGAGUAAGAUGAUAGAGGAUCGUGGUGAUGAACCCAUCGAGGAUAUCUCGAUUCGUAUUAUUGGACCUUCUGAGGGCGAUAGUCCACAAUUUAGUUUGCCUACAACCACUGGGCUUGCUGCUUUAGUUGUCGGUGGCGGCUUCACGUUAGAGGCAUCUUCUCGUGAUAUUGUUGUUUGCAGUCGUUCCGACGGUUUGCAGCAGAUAUCUUCUCUAAACACUGCAUUCAUGCCUCUGCAAUACCCGUUGCUUUUCCCUUAUGGAGAGAGAGGGUUCCAGGUGGAUGUUCCUCACUUGAUUGUUCCUGAAGAAGAUGAUGACGAUGGACCUAUAGAUCAUAAUCCUGCACCUGGAAGUCCGGCCGUUGAGGUGUCCUCUUCAUACCCUUCUUGUUGGGUUUCGUAGUAAUUUCAAAAUUUUCCUACGCACACGCAA